AAUGCGGAUCUGUUUCGAUUAGUCAACCUUAGAGGACCGAAUCCGUUAUUCUCUUAUGAUUUGCUUCGUUGAGGGGCUGUCAUUUUUGUUUGAAUGCGGAAUGUGUUGAAUACAACGCGGAAUUCGUCUCGGACUUGUGUUAUCCAAGGGUACAUGAGACUGUGUAACGAUCUUUCGUCACGGCAGUAAAAAACGUGAAAUGAAGACGCAAAACGGUUCUAGGGAGCCAUGAGACAUGGCAAGAUGUUGCGGCCCAACGGGCACCUGCCUAUGGGGGGCAGUCUGAAUGCCGCUGAGGUCUCAAGGCUCUGAGCCUUCUGGACUACUGCCAUGACCAGUCAGGAGGGCUGUAAUGCGGACACGCCCGCCCCCCCAACCUCCUCCUCCUCUUCCUCGCUUCUCCGCUCAUCCGCAGGCCCAAAGCUGCAGGUGCAGCGCUCACUCUCCCGUGACACCAUAACCAUCCACUUCUCCGCCCAGGGCAAGGAGGAGGAAGAGGAGGAUGAAGAGCUCUAUGGCCUGGCUUUGUCCUCCUCUGCUCUGGAUGGGAACGAUCAGGGCAUAGUUACGGCUGUGGAAGCCAGAGAGGAACUGCUGUUUGAGGGGACAGGGGCGGGGAUGGCCCAGGGAGCGCUCCCCGGGUCAUCCCUGCCGGUCUCCCAUGCCAUGAGCUCCGCCCUGGCCAUCCAGCCUCCCCCUGCCAGCCUGAUCUCCUCCUCAACCUGGAACCCUGGCAGCUCCUCCUGGCCCUCAGAGUAUCGGCCCCAGCUCCCUGCACCGACCACCUCCUCCACCUCCUCCCCAGCCAGGACGUCAGCUGUGCACGGAAAGCCCUUUCUCAGUCUGGUGAAGUCUCUUUCGUCCGAGGUGGAGGCACGGGAAGGUCCCGGCCCUCAGCCGAUGCGACGCCGCCACCUGAUGAAGACGCUGGUGAAGUCUUUGUCCACCGAGCAAGAAGCCCCGCCUCCACGCCCACCCGAUUCCCGCCUCAACCUGCACCUCUUCAAGCCUUUCUCCCAGCCUCGUGCAGCUGCCCCCGCUGGCAGCGACUCCAAGACAGCGCCGUCCUCGCCCCUGUCCUCGCCUGACGGCCGCUCCUUCUUCAAGGUGCAAGAGGUGGAGGCACGAAUAGAGGACACCAAGCGACGUCUCUCCGAGGUCAUGUGUGACCCCCUGCAGCUGCUCAGCAAGAUCAUCGGUGAGGAAGGAGGCGGGACCACCUCUAGCACAUUUGCCACUGGGAUACCAGGGGGUGCCCAUCGGCCCAAAGCCCUGUCCUCCAGUGCCACGGAGCUCUCCAGCCUGGCGUCCCUCAACGGCCACCUGGAGAGCAACAGUCAGUACUGCAUCAAGGAGGAGGACGUUGAGGGUGACAGUCCUCAAGGGGGCGCUGCUGGCAUGCCAUCCGCACCUAGGUCUCCCUCGCUGGCCCUGGACCGGUGCUUCAUGUCAGCCUUAGCCCGGCAGGAAGACGAGGAGUUUUGUGAGCUCUACAGUGAGGACUUUGAGCUGUGCACGGACACGGAGGCCGACGCAGACCAAACCGACGGUCAUCUUCGGCGGGGCAGCACUCUCGGCAGCGAGGGGCCAACCGAGGGCGCUGAGGCAGAAGACGAGGAGGACGAGGAGCCUCCUGGUGUGCCGCAUAACGGACUCAUCCUGCUCAUGUCCAUCGUGUACGGCUACUUCGUGCUGCCGCUGCCCACUUACAUAGAUGGGGUGUUGCUGGGCAUGGCUGCAGGCUUCUUGCUGGCGAUACUGGUGAUGUGGCUCUCCGCCCCUGGCUCCUCCCACUCGGGGACUCGCCUCAGCCUGCGUAGAAGAGAGCCCUGGGGAGGGACCCCUCUCAACAUCAAACAGCCCGACAUCUACAAGGGCUGGAUGAAUGAGAUCCACAGCUACGACCCGGAGGCGUACCACGCCACGCUCACUCAUUCUGUCUACGUACGAUUGGAGGGAUCCGUGCUACGCCUUUCCAAGCCUAACCGUAACAUUCCCCGCCGGGCCUCCUUCAAUGAGCCCAAACCUGACGUUACUUAUGUCAGCCAGAAGAUCUACGACCUGACUGACAGCAAGAUCUACCUGGUGCCCCACAGCCUUGCCAGGAAACGGGUCUGGAACAAAAAAUAUCCCAUCUGCAUCGAGCUGACCAAGCAGGAUGACUUCAUGUCGAAGGCCCAGGGAGACAGGGCUGAAGGUGUGGAGGAGAAAGCCCCACCUCCUGGGGAUAGGACAGAGCAGGUCGGGGGCAACGAGGAAAUCAAGCGCUCGUCUACAGAUCCCGUGCUGUACCUGUUUGGGAGGACAGGGAGGGAGAAGGAGGAAUGGUUCAGGAGGAUGUUGCUGGCCUCACAGCCGAAGGCUGAGAUCACAAAACCCUCCAGCCUGCCUGCAUCCUUUGUGCCCGCUCACGUCCGUGGUGGCAGUCAAUCAGGGGCUCUGUCUCACAGUCGCAGCAGUAGUCGUGGCAGUCUGGAUGACGUGCUCCAGUCUCAGGUCCGGCAGAAAGACGCUGGCAUAGGGCUGAAGCAGAAAGUUCUGGACUACAGCGUGUACAUGGCCACAUACAUCUGCCAGACCUCAGGGAGCCCCAUCACCAGCCCUGGUAACAGUACAGAAAGCAGCCCGAGGACCACUAAGAAGUUUCCAGCCAGCCUGGACAGAGAGACGGAAUCCGAGGCCUGGGUCAAUGCCCUCCUGGCACGUAUCUUCUGGGACUUCCUCAGGGAGAAGCACUGGGCUGACCUCGUGUCCAAAAAGGUCCAGAUGAAACUGAGCAAGAUCCGGCUGCCAUACUUCAUGAACGAGCUGACACUGACUGAACUGGAUAUGGGUAUGGCCAUCCCCAAGAUCCUUCAGUCCUCCAAACCGUCAGUGGACCAUCAGGGCCUGUGGUUUGACUUGGAGAUCUCUUACACUGGGUCUUUUCUGAUGACUCUGGAGACCAAGAUGAACCUGGCCAGGCUUGGGAAGGAAGUAGAGGCCUGUGGGGAAACAGGGAAGGAAGGGCCCAGACCCCGCACAUACUGCCUGGCCGACAGCGACGAGGAGUCAUCCAGCGCUGGGUCAUCAGAUGAGGAGGAUCCGGGGGAGGUGUCUGAAAUGCCUGGCGUGGAGGGAUAUGUGGGGGGUCACCGGCCAAGCAAGAUCAUGCGCUUUGUGGACAAGAUUGCCAAAUCAAAGUACUUCCAGAAAGCCACCGAAACAGAAUUCAUCAAGAAGAAGAUGGAGGAGGUGUCAAACACCCCUCUGCUCCUGACAGUAGAAGUACAAGAAUGCCGAGGCACACUGGCCGUCAACAUUCCACCGCCCCCUACAGACAGGAUAUGGUAUGGCUUCAGAAGGCCUCCUCACCUGGAGCUAAAAGCUCGGCCUAAGCUCGGGGAGAGGGAGGUCACUUUCGCCCAUGUCACUGACUGGAUCGAGAAGAAACUGGAUCAGGAGUUUCAGAAAAUAUUUGUUAUGCCAAACAUGGAUGAUAUAUGGCUACCCAUCAUGCAUUCAGCCAUGGACUCACGAUCCGGUGUGAACUUGGUUUCUGUGACAACUGAUACCUAUAAGAGCAUGGAGCCCUUGGAUCUAGAAGACUCUCCAGGUGACCUGUGAAAGCUGCUCAAAGAGACAGGGGAACAUUACCAGAGUCCCAGCAGUGCACUUAUCCUUAACUUUCCCAAAUGGUGGUGAAAUGCUACAGUUGGAAAUAAGAGUGGGUCUAAAUGCAUGUUAAUAAUGCAUUUUCCAUGGACUGGAAACAGAACAAAUGAAUGAGGUCAUGUUGAAUAACACUUUAUGCACAGGUACGCUUUUAACAGUGUUUGAAAUUUCUUUUGAAAUUGAAACAGUCAUGACGCGAAGAGUAGAAUGGACAGCGGAUGCACCAAACCCCUAGGCUAUAACCCUCUCACUGGGGUGCGAAGCUGUAAGCCUCUUGUCUGUAACUUACUGUAAUCCUACUGCAAGUCUCGGGUGAUGUCUAACCACGUCAGUGCUUUUCUGACAUAGUCAAAAGCUUUUUACCUCGUUCAUUUGCAGACGAAGAUGGACGACCAUCUUGCUACAGUACAGCAACAGACGUCUUGCUACAGUCUUUAGUUCGAAGCCAUGUACAUCUGUCACAUCCUGCAGUGUCGACAUCAUUUAGUCAUAUGAGCGUCUCUCUGAUUUUAGCUGCAUUUGGCAUAUAAAUGUCAUUCCUCGAAUGAUUCUAAAAAAGCGUGUCCAAUUUAGAGUAAAAGAAAACAUCAAUUCAAGCCAAGCCGGUAUCGCGUUUUCUCAGUAAUGUAAACUGUCUCAAGUCCAAAUGACACUAGAUCUAAUUCUUUGCCAAGAAGGGAGGUUGACAGGUUCAUGCGUAUACCACGAUUCUCAUCAAAGCUAUUUGCUUCCAGCACACAUGUGCUUUGUGGGACAUAGCCAAGUACAUGCAGCUAUACACCAUUUGCGAACCUUCACAAUUCAUUUUACUCUCUAAGGCAUCUGUGUGGCAUCCGAUUAUGCAAUUAGAUCAAUUUCACUGUGCUGAAGGACACCAGCUAACACUGCACCCCCUCAGAAGUGGCCCUACACUCGCUGGCUAAGGUAGUGUGUAUAACAAAUACGCUUCCCAAGGACGUCGAGCGUGUUAUCCAUUACCUUUCUGGUAUUGGCUGGAAGAUACCACACGAGUGCUUGUAGGAAUAGAAUUCUACACAAUACUCUUAUCUGCCGUUAACGUUUUUUUGUCAUUGUGCAAUAUGGAGAAGCCGCCUGAAUGUGUAAAUCAUUUCCUGAUCUGAAUGUGCUACUUAUAUCAUUGGAAUCAGCAUCUGUUGACCAUGUGAUCUUAAAAACAAAAAACAAUCAAAAAAAAAAAACCACACUGAAGAUGCAUAUGUCAAAAUUUGUUGAUAAAUACUGCGUUUUAUCCACAGUAGUUUGAACUUUGCAUUAUUUCAAAUGUUUCCUAAUUCUCAAACUAAUCCCUGCAAUCCUUUCAUUCCUCCUCCUACAAAAUGCAAAUCCACUAGGAUGUAGUCACAUUAAUGUCAGGAGAAUGCAGCAGUGCUUACAUAGAACCAAAAUGAGGACUAGCUAGUCUAGCUCCACAGUAACGUGAACCAGACGGCUAAUGAAAGAUUCAUUUUAACAUAUUGGUGUAGGUUUCUGAAGUAGUUAAUAAUACUCAUUUAUUAGUUUGCAUUUCACCAGAAUCAUAGGUCCCUACAUUAAUUCCUUAGAAUUCAUUCCAAAGAUCCUUUUGAGUUCUAAUUUAAACAUACAUUAUUCUGUGCCAUUGUUUAACAUCUGCCAAUGUUAAAUGAUGUAUGUGCUUCUCUAUGGCAACUGCUUAUUUCAGUUGCACUUUGUGAAAAAUGACUGUUUUAAGUAAUUGUGUUUAUCCAUGUUGUGAAAAUGGUUGUGUGGGGACCUAUAAACAACUUUUGGUAAAAUUA